UUCCCAACUGCUUGAGAACAUUCUGUCUGGUUGCUGGGAAGUUGCCGUGGCCACCUUUUGUUUUGGAGCUAUAGAGGUAGUGCCAGCUUGAGGCAGAAGCUUGGAAGUGGGCUGUUUGGGAGAGCAGUGCCCUGAAGCCUCUUGGAUGGAGCAAAGGAAGAUGAAGAAACUCGUGGACUCCGUCAGUAAAAUUGCCCAUAGCUUCAAGAAAAGUGAAGUUGAGUGUCUCAUCCAACUCUUCGAUAGCUUGGUGGAAAAACAGGGUGGAAAGAUUGCUAAUGCCCAGCUGGACCGAAACACAUUUCGAGGGAUCCUAUACAACAUAUUUGGAAUGACUGAUGACAUGUUGAUGAACAGGGUGUUCUUCGUAUUUGACAAAGACGGUGACAACUAUGUAAGUAUACAAGAGUGGGUGAAAGGCUUAUCAGUGUUUCUCCGAGGGACUUUUGAAGAGAAGAUAAAAUUCUGUUUCGAAGUUUAUAAUUUAACUGGAGAUGGUUAUAUUUCCCGGGAAAAAAUUUUUGACAUGCUGAAGAACAGUCUCUCCCAGCAGUCUUCUGAAGAGAAUGAGGAAGGAAUAAAGGAGUUGAUAGAUCUAACCCUGAAGAAGAUGGAUUACGACAAUGAUGACAAGAUCUCCUUUGCAGACUUUGAAAGAGCAGUGAAAAAAGACCAACUUCUGUUGGAGGUGUUCGGACCAUGUUUACCAGAUACAAAGUUUAUUCAGGAACAUUGAACAAUCCUCGGACCCCGGGGAAAGCCAGCCCACAGCUUAAAUAGCCUCUGGGUAGCCAACCCAGGCAUGCCACGGGGGCAAUGCAGAUAGGUCCACAUACAUGGAAGCAAGCCAGAUCCUCGGCCUUAGCCAAAUGUGGAGUUGUUCCUGACAGAGAGCACUCACCAUCGGGAAGGUGGAAGGCGGAAACCAGCUCCAUCUUUAAGGCAUAGCAUUCUGCAGCUCUCUACAGUUCCCCCUUUUUGUUUUAGACGCAUCAGGCAAGAGUAGAGGUCUGAUCUCUGAUAUUAGAAAUAAAUUGGGACUUUGUACAGAUGUUCAUUUAGGUGUCAUCCACCCAAAGAGCUUAACAAUUGUCGAGCUAUAUUUUAGGUAAAGGUUUAAUUUUUAAAACUACAUUUAUUCACUUAAUUGUGCAUGAGGGAAUAAACGUGCCAUAGCGUGUAUACGAAGGCCAGAGGCAAACCUGUGGGAACUGGCUUUCUCCUCCUAUCAUGUGAGUCCUUCGGACUGAACUCAGGUUGUCAGGCUUGUGGAAAGUACCUUUACCUGCUGAACCAUCUCACUGGCCCUGGCAGAAUUAAUAUUGUAAAGAUGGCUGGAGUUCCAAAAGUGAUCACUAGAAUAAACACAAUCCCUAUCAAAAUAUCAAAGACAUCUUUCUUAAAGCUAGAAAAAAAAAUGCCCUAAAAUUCAUAUGGAGGUACAAAAGGCUCUUGAAGAGUUAGAGCAAUCCUGAGCAGUAAAGAACAAGGCUAGACAUGUCACACUAUCUUAUCUCAAAUCACAGAGCCACAGAGCCAAAGUGUGCAGCCUACUCUAUCAACUUGAUAUACGAACUAGAGCAAUCUGAACGGAGGGAACCUUGAUUGAGAAAAUGCUUUCAUGAGAUCCAGCUGAAAGGCAUUUUUAAUUAGUUUUUUAAUUAGUUUUAAUGAAGGGGGCCCAGCCCACUGCAGGUGGUACCAUCCUGCCUGGACUGGUGGACCUGGGUUCUAUAAGAAAGCAGGCUGAGGGCAAGCCAUGAGGAGCAAGCCAGUAAGCAGCACCCCUCUAUGGCCUCUGCAUCAGCUCCUGCCUCCAGGUUCCUGCCCUGCUUGAGCUCCUGUCCUGACUUCCUUCAAUAAUAAACAGCAAAAUAGACGUGAAAGCCAAAUAAACCCUUUGUCUCCAACCUGCUUUUUUGUCAAGGUGUUUCAUCACAGCAAUAGAAACCCUAAGACACAAAAGAAGCCUAGUAUGGAUAAAAACAAGAAUGCAGAACAGUGGAAUAGAACAGAGGACCCAGAAAUAAUCCCACACAGCCACAAUCACAGAAUUUUUGACAAAGCUAUCAGUGACAUGUGGGGAAAAACAGCCUUUUCAACGAAGGGUGCUAAAAAACUGGAUUUCCACAUGCAGGAAAGUGAAGACCUGAUCCCUAUCUCUUGCUACACACACACCCCAAUUCAAAAUGGAUUGAGAACCAAAUGUAACAAGCUCUGAGACUGCCAGAGAAAAACAAGAAGAGCACUUCAGGGCAAAGACUGUCUGAAAUGGACCUUAAUUGAACAAACUGACUGACUAAUGGGAUCCCAUGGAAGUGAAGAGCUUCGCACAGCAACAGACUAAUCAGAAAAGUGAAAAGAGCCUGCAGAAUGGGGAAUCCUGGCCCGACUAUACAAAGGAGGAGUUACUAUAGAGAAUCUGUAAAGAACUGCAGAAGUAAUAGACUAAAAAAACCAAGUCAUCCAAUGAAUAAAUAGGCUAAUGAGUUGAACAGAUCUCAAAGGAAGAAAUACAUGUGGCCAAUAAAUAUUUGAAAGUGUUCAACAUCAUUAGCUGUCACGGAAAUGCAAAAGAAAAUAUUAGGAUGCUAUUUCAUCUCAAUUAAACAAAUGCAAAUUGAAACAACAGUGGGAUUUCACUUCACUCCAGAGACAAGAGCUACAAUGAAGAAAACAAAGAGGAUACAGGCAAAUAUCCUGGUUUUACUGGGUUUUUCAUUUGUUUGUUUUCUCUUUGAACAGGGUUUCACUGUGUAACUUUGACUGGCCUGGCUGACCUGGAACUUACUAGGUAGACCAGGCUGGCUUUACAGAGAUCUCAGCUGGGAUGGACCCUGGAGUCAUUGCUAUCAUUCCAUUACCAAAAAUAACUUAAUAGUAAGUCAAAAGCAGUGUAAGACCAUCUUGACUUGAAAUGGAAAAAUACUAGAAGUUGUGGUAAAGUACAUGAGGUACUUCUUUGUUCUUUCAUUUCUAUGUGUAGACUUUACACUUUAAAAAUGCAGCCGGUCCUGACUGAGACAGCGAUGAGUCUGUACUGCGCCUGAAGGAUAUAUGGUGCUGGCACACACUGAAAAACUCAGACAGAGUUAAACAUAAAAACCAUGUGCAUACACUUUUCCUACUUUAAACAAUCCAUCAGCCUUUACCAAAUAAUAAUGAGGUGGAAACAAAGCUCUCUGUAAAAAGAAAGAGGGCCACCCUGGCUUCUCUAAUCACACUGCAAAAGAGAAGAGCAAUGGUGCGAACAGGAGUCUCUGAACCGGGUAGUUAACUAAGAAAAUGUUCAUGGCCCGCCAACUAUGCUGACAAGGCCCACCUCCGCUCCACAGCAUCUAGAAAAUGGAAGAUAAUGUAAACAACGGGGGAAAAGACAAUAGCUCAGAUCUUUGAAGCUCACACAUAAAAUGAACUCAGUCUUUAGAAAUCUCACUCCGUGGGCUGUGGGUGUGGCAGUGAUGGGGCACCUGUCUAACACACGUCCCCGGGAUCUGCCCCAACAAAAUUAAAUAAUUAAUCAGAACCACCCCUUCUUUUAUAGAUAUCUAUCAUAAAAGCAUUUUGACUUUGAUGUAGUCUGCAGUAACUUUGAAUUUAAGAAAAACAAUUGAUUCUAGCUGUCCAUUUUGGCUUAUGUUACUGCUACCAAUGGAACUUUAAAUGAGGAAGUCAGAAAAGACAACAUCCAGAAUCACUAUUAUAGUCUGAUUGAUCAAAUCUGUUGUUUCAGAAGACAGAGGCAGGAAAAUACAUCAAUACAAACAAUCACAAUGUUUUAGUUCCUCCACGUAAUGUCCUAUCUAGUUGUUGGUCCUACAAUCACAUUACUUCAAGUCUUAGAGAAUAAAGACGUUACCUCUU